AUGGCUGCAGCAAUUCAGACCGUCUCCGAGAGCAAAGAGUUGCGCGGGCUCAAUUUAAUUGCUGCUCAUUCUCACAUUCGCGGUUUAGGUGUUGAUCCAGACAAUCUGGAACCACGCGCAUCCUCACAGGGACUUGUAGGCCAGGAAAAGGCGCGUAAAGCUGCUGCCGUGAUCCUACAAAUGGUGAAGGAAGGGAAGAUAGCAGGUCGAGCAGUUUUGAUCGCAGGCCCCCCAAGCACGGGAAAAACUGCAAUAGCAAUGGGAAUGGCACAAUCUCUAGGUUCGGAUGUGCCGUUUACCAUGUUGGCUUCCUCGGAGAUAUUCUCGCUCGAAAUGUCAAAAACUGAAGCUCUUACCCAAGCUUUUCGAAAGUCCAUCGGCGUGCGCAUAAAGGAGGAGAGUGAGAUGAUCGAGGGAGAGGUCGUCGAGAUACAGACCGACAGGAGUGUGACCGGUGGUACCAAACAGGGCAAAUUAACCAUCAAGACCACAGAUAUGGAAACUGUAUACGACAUGGGCAGCAAGAUGAUUGAUUCCAUGACAAAAGAGCGUGUAAUGGCGGGAGAUAUUAUUUCAAUCGACAAAUCGUCGGGCAAGAUUACUAAGCUGGGACGAUCGUAUGCAAAAUCAAGAGAUUACGAUGCAAUGGGUGUGGACACGAAAUUCUUGCAGUGCCCAGACGGAGAGCUGCAAAAGCGCAAAGAGGUGGUCCACACUGUGAGCUUACACGAGAUCGAUGUCAUCAACUCGAGAACCCAAGGUUUCUUGGCUCUCUUCUCGGGGGACACGGGAGAAAUCAGAAGUGAGGUUCGUGAUCAAAUCAACACCAAGGUUGCGGAAUGGAAGGAAGAGGGAAAGGCCGAGAUUGUACCUGGUGUUCUCUUCAUCGACGAAGUUCACAUGCUGGAUAUCGAAUGCUUUUCAUAUAUCAAUCGCGCCUUGGAAGAUGAGCUCGCACCCAUUGUCAUAAUGGCAAGCAACCGCGGAAAUUCCAGAAUUAGAGGCACCAAUUACAAAAGUCCCCACGGAUUGCCUCUGGACUUCCUAGAUCGGGUCGUUAUCGUUAGCACUCAUCCAUACGCCAAAGAAGAAAUUCAACAGAUUCUCUCCAUCCGUGCACAAGAGGAGGAAGUCGAUGUUUCCCCCGAUGCACUCGCCUUGCUCACUAAAAUUGGUCAAGAGACCGGUCUCAGAUAUGCCAGUAACCUCAUCACCACAUCACAACUCAUCUGUGCGAAGCGAAAGGCGAAGCAAAUUGGUAUCGAAGACGUUCAACGAAGCUUCACUCUUUUUUUUGACUCUGCACGUAGUGUCAAAUUCGUCACCGACUUUGAGAAGCGACUCAUCGGCGAGGAGGGAGGUGUGAACUUGUCAGUGACCAAUGGUCAUGGCGAUGCGAUGGAACUUUCAUGA